AUGUUCAGAUUGUUUGUAGACUCAGUUGUACUUCUCCAGUUCGUAUUGCUGGUGCUGGAGCUUUGGGUGAGGCUGAGGAGUCUUAAUGAGUGCCUCUUGGUGGAGAUGUAUCAACCUCGUCCUCCACAACUGCAAGUAGCGCCCCUGCCGGCUACUUCGUCAGUGAGGCUGAGUCAUCUGCGAGAGGUGUUCGUGGCAUUGAUCCAUGCUGGUGAGAAGUUGGAGGAACACUUUCGGCUGUCGUUGGCUGCUGACGUCGCACAUGCCGUGAUUGGUGCAAUCUGCAGCUCAUACGAAGUGCUUAUCAUCAUUGAGAAACCACAUAUUGCUGGUUUACUGCCGUACAGCAAAUCAUUGACGACGUCGAUGUCUUGGCUCGGUUACCACUGCUUCAAGAUAGUAGCUCUGGCCCUGUCCUGUGCGGCAGCUAAGGACGCAGCGAGACGUACUGGUGUGAUCCUGAGGAGGCUACCAGUGCUGCCAACCUCACUCUCUGACGAAGUGGACGCUUUCCUCCGUGUGACGUCGCAGGAAGCACAAUUGAAUUUCACAGCUGCAGGAUUCGUCGAAAUCGAUCGCCAGCUUGUGGUUUCAGCACUUACCGUCGUCAUCACGUACCUCGUCGUCAUUGGUCAAUCUGUGACUGAUUGGUGA